GGAGAAAGUAUUUGAGGAACAAACGUACCCGGAAACCAUACGAAGUGACAAUGGCCCACCAUUUGCAAGCGAAGAGUUCUCUAAAUAUUGCACAUCAAAAAAUAUUCGAUUGGUGCGAACCAUCCCAUACUGGCCUCAAAUGAACGGGCUGGUAGAGCGCCAGAAUCAAGGGAUACUCAGAGCACUGCGUAUAGCGAAAGCCACGAACUCAGACUGGAGGAAGGCUGUGAAAAACUAUGUCCACAUGUAUAACACAUCCCCGAAUUCGAUGACCGGAAAAGCGCCUAUGGAAUUGAUGACAGGUCGCCCGGUGAAAGAUCUUUUGCCCUCGCUGAGGACCGACCCAAGCUGGCGUUGUGAAGACGGAGUUCGAGAAAGCGAUGCAAUCAAGAAAUUGAAAGGCAAAAUUGAUGCUGAUCAACGUCGACACGCAGUAGCUUCGGAUAUAAAAGUAGGAGAUAUUGUUCUUCUUCGAAAUUACGAUUCGGGAAAACUGGAACCUAAAUUUACAUUGAAAAGGUUCACAGUUGUGGAAAGAAAAGGAAACGACACCAUCGUUGUGAACGAAGAAGGCUUAUCCCUCCGUCGAUGUGUUACACACUUGAAAAAGUUGCCAUUACAAGGCGAACCCAAGGAGGCACUAACCACUGACAACCCGUUAGAACCAACUUCGACACCAACACUGUCUAAUUCUAAUACACCUUUACAAUCCCCUACAGGUACAAACCAUCAUCAGAAGGAUCUGUCAGCUGAUAGCACACCACUCAAGCUCCAUGAAUAUAAGCGCAAGUCCUCCAUCGAUAAGCAAGAAGAGUCUGUGAAACGACCCGCUCGCAUACGGAAGAUACCACGUCGAUACGUAGAACAUUGAUCAACCUGAGACUCACAUGUAAUUUUUUUUGUAUCCUUCCUUUUAAAGAUCAGUUCCUUAUCUCGGAGUAGGACAGGGAUGUAGAGAAGUACGGGAGAGGUAUUUGAAAGUAGCUGAGAGAAAUAGGUAUAUAGAGAGUAACUUGGGCGAGAGGUGAGUCGAGGUCGCUAUUACGAGUUAGUUAGAAACGAACUGUGAAACCGAUCGGUCGAAUAAAUUACUCUGCAACGACUAAACAACCGAGUGUUUAAAAUACCGAAAGAAAUACCGCGUUUGAGGAUUCUACAGUAACUACUACAAAAAUUGGCGCGAUUAGCAAAUCAUGAGGAAUGGCAACCGACCUGGGUUCGAGUCCCAACACACACACAAUAUUUUUUUUACUAUUAAGUGAAGGAUUUUUUUAUUAUUUCGGUAUAUUCCAAUUGAGAUGUUUUGCAUAUAUUACAGUU